GUUCGUCCCUCUUCGAUUUUGUAUGCGUUGGGCAUAACACGUGUUGUGUGAAUUUUUUUUUAUCACACAACACUGUUAGGUUAUAACUUCUUACGAAGUUUAUAUAGUGUAAAACCACAAAAAAAUCAGUAAAACCUUUAAAAAACAAACCAAAAAGUUAUCAAGAAUCGAAGCAACAGCGACAGUCCUCGAGAGAAGAACUCCAGCUUGAAGGAAUCCACGCUGAUAAAAGUCGACCAAGAAAAAAAAAACGGUGGGUGUGCUAAGGAAAACGUGGAAGGUCUCCUUUUUACUCGUCAAAAGUAAAGAUAAAAAUCCGUGAAAAUGAAUCCCGCAGGACCAAGUUAUCCUAUGGCGUCUCUGUACGUCGGAGAUUUGCACCCAGAUGUAACAGAGGCCAUGUUAUUCGAGAAAUUCUCAUCGGCGGGUCCCGUGUUGUCUAUCCGGGUAUGCAGAGACAUGGUCACCAGACGAUCCCUGGGUUACGCCUAUGUGAACUUCCAGCAGCCAGCCGAUGCUGAGCGAGCUUUGGACACAAUGAACUUUGACACAAUUAAGGGCAGACCAAUCCGUAUCAUGUGGUCUCAGCGUGAUCCAUCUUUGAGAAGAUCAGGAGUUGGAAAUAUCUUCAUUAAAAACUUGGACAAAAGUAUUGAUAACAAGGCCUUGUAUGACACAUUUUCUGCGUUUGGAAAUAUUUUGUCCUGUAAGAUUGCUGCUGAUGAAAACGGCUCCAAAGGCUAUGGAUUUGUACAUUUUGAAACUGAGGAAGCUGCCAGAAAUGCCAUUGACAAAGUUAAUGGCAUGUUGUUGAACUGCAAGAAAGUGUAA